AGGCAUGAACGAAUACAUACCAGAAGACCCUACCAUGUGGAUGGUGCUGACAAGUACUCUCAAGAUGAUGAUCUGGUAAAUCUAGAAGUUCUUGAUGAGGAUACAAUUAUACAUCAGCUGCAGAAACGCUAUGCCGACUUACAAAUUUAUACGUAUGUUGGAGAUAUUUUGAUAGCCUUAAACCCUUUCCAGAAUCUCAACAUUUACUCUCCACAGUUCUCCAAGCUUUACCAUGGUAUGAAGCGCUCAUCCAAUCCCCCCCACAUAUUUGCCUCUGCAGAUGCUGCCUACCAAAGUAUGGUGACGUUCAGCAAAGAUCAGUGCAUUAUCAUCAGUGGGGAAAGUGGUGCUGGAAAGACAGAAAGUGCCCAUUUGAUCGUCCAACAUUUGACCUUCUUGGGAAAGGCCAAUAAUCGUGCUUUGCGUGAGAAAAUACUUCAGGUGAAUCCUCUGGUUGAAGCAUUUGGGAAUGCCUGCACUGCCAUCAAUGACAACUCAAGUCGCUUCGGAAAAUAUCUGGAAAUGAUGUUUACACCCACAGGAGCUGUAAUGGGGGCAAAGAUUUCUGAGUAUCUACUUGAAAAGUCAAGGGUUAUAAAACAGGCUGUGGGAGAGAAAAAUUUCCAUAUAUUUUAUUAUAUUUAUGCUGGCCUUUAUCAUCAGAAGAAACUUUCUGAAUAUAGGCUUCCUGAAAAAAAGCCUCCUAGAUACAUUGAUAAUGAAACUGGAAGAGUAAUGCACGAUAUUGUUACUAAGGAUUCCUAUGGAAGGCAAUUUGAAGCAAUUCAGCAUUGCUUUAAAAGUAUAGGAUUCACUGAUGAGGAAGUGUAUUCAGUGUACAGAAUUCUGACUGGUAUCUUAAAUACUGGAAACAUUGAGUUUGCUGCCAUUUCUUCACAACACCAAACAGAUAAAAGUGAAGUUCCAAACCCAGAAGCCUUAGAUAAUGCUGCUGCACUGCUAAGUAUUGGGUCAGAAGAACUGCAAGAGGCCCUAACCUCCCACUGUGUUGUAACACGGGGGGAGACUAUUAUUCGAACAAACACUGUGGACAAAGCAGCUGACGUGCGAGAUGCCAUGUCUAAAGCGCUUUAUGGCAGACUCUUCAGCUGGAUCGUAAAUCGUAUUAAUACACUUCUUCAGCCAGAUAAAAAUAUAUGCAAUACUGAAAAUGGAAUGAAUGUUGGUAUACUAGAUAUAUUUGGAUUCGAGAACUUCGCAAGAAAUUCCUUUGAACAGCUGUGCAUAAAUAUUGCUAAUGAGCAGAUCCAGUUUUAUUUCAAUCAACAUAUUUUUGCACUUGAACAGAUGGAAUAUCAGAAUGAGGGAAUUGAUGCUGCUACAGUGGAGUAUGAAGACAACCGUCCACUUCUGGAUAUGUUCCUCCAGAAACCCAUGGGUCUCCUUUCUCUACUAGAUGAAGAAAGUCGAUUUCCUCAGGCAACAGACCUAACAUUAGUUGAUAAAUUUGAGGAUAAUUUACGAUGCAAAUACUUCUGGAGACCAAAAGGAGUGGAAUUGUCAUUUGGUAUUCAGCACUAUGCUGGAAAGGUAUUGUAUGAUGCCUCCGCAUUUCUUGAGAAGAAUAGGGAUACUCUUCCUGCUGACAUAGUGGUGGUGCUGAGAACCUCAGAGAACAAACUUCUUCAGCAGCUGUUUUCUAGCCCACUAACCAAAACAGGUACUUUCUGCAACAGCUUUGCUUACUUUGCAACAUUUUCAGCCACCUCCUCCUUUGAAAAUCUAGUUGUUUCUGGACAAACCUCUGCUUUUCAGCUCUUUCUGCUGUUGAAAGUUUCCUAG